AUGGAUAAGGAAAAGUUGGCCAAGCUCCAAGCUCAAGUCAGAAUCGGUGGUAAGGGUACACCCCGACGAAAGCAAGUCAAGAAGUCCGUGACCGCUUCUCAAGGUGAUGACCGAAAGCUCCAAGCUGCCCUCAAGAAGCUUGGCGUUCAACCUAUCACAGGUGUAGAGGAAGUUAACAUGUUCAAGGAGGAUGGUAAUGUCUUGCAUUUCGGUGCUCCUCGAGUCCAUGCCGCUCUCCCCUCCAACACCCUCGCAGUCUACGGUCCUGGUCAAACCAAGGAACUCACCGAACUCGUCCCUGGAAUCCUCAACCAGCUCGGACCUGAUUCCUUGGCCAACUUGCGACGAUUAGCCGAAUCUUACCAAUCUAUGACUGCUCGACAAGCUGCCGCUGCCGCCGCUGCUGGAGGUGCAGGCGCAGAGGGUAAAGCAGAAGGUGAAGGUGAUGAUGAGAUCCCUGAUUUGGUUGAGAACUUCGAUGAGGCUGAGGGUGAUAAGGAGGCUAAGAAGGAAACUGAUCUUGAAGAGUUGGAAUAG